CGCGCGGGCGAUGAGGCUCUUUGUCGGCCUCCCCGCGGACGUGGUCUCCUGCGACGGGGCCGCGGUGAGCCGGCCCCGGGCCAUCAAGGCGGGGCUGCGCGCGCUCAAGCUGCUCGGCGUCGACGGCGUCGAGCUGCCCGUGUCUUGGGCCGUCGUGCAGCCCGGAUCGGAGGAGCGGUUCGAGUGGACUGGGUACCUCGCCGUCGCCGGCUUGGUCCGCGACGCCGGGCUCAGCCUCCGGGUCUCGCUCCUCACACACGGUCGCGGCGCCACGCUCCCCGAUGAAGUCGUUGACGCUAGCGCCGAACCGGUACCUGACCCAGUUACGACUGCCUCCGACACGGUGGCUGGCGCUCACACCACCAAUACAGAGUCGAUCGCUGACUCCGGCACCACGCUCCGCGACACUGCUCUCCCCGGCUGGGUCGCUGACGCGCUCGCCGCCGACCCGGACAUCCUCUUUACCGACCGCUCUGGCAAUCGCCGCAAGGAAUGUCUCUCUUUCGCCGUCGACGACCUACCGGUGCUCGCCGGGAAGUCGCCGCUGCAGGCAUACGAGGCCUUCUUCCGCAGCUUCGCCGACGCCUUCCUGGACUUCUUGGGCUCUACCGUUACCGACGUGACGGUCAGCCUGGGUCCCGAUGGCGAGCUCCGGUACCCGUCGUACCCGCCGGGAUGCGAUCGCGCGGACGGCUACGCGGGCGACGGCGAGUUCCAGUGCUACGACAAGCACAUGCUAGCGCGGCUGAAACAGCACGCCGACUCGUCGGGCCGGCCGCUGUGGGGCCUGGCGGGCCCACACGACGCGCCGCGGUACGACGACCCGCCGGAGUCCUCGGGCUUCUUCAGGGGCUCGUGGCAGACCGAGUACGGCAGCUUCUUCCUCUCGUGGUACGCCGGGGAGCUCCUGGCGCACGGUGACCGCGUCCUGGCCGCGGCCACCAGGGUGUUCUUCGGCAAGCAGAUCGAGCUGUCCGCCAAGGUGCCAUUCCUGCGUCGCCGGUCGCGCCCCGCGGAGGCCACCGCCGGCCUGCACGGAGGGUACGGCCAGGUGGCCGAGAUGUUCGCGCGGCACGAUUGCACGGUGCUCGUGUCCGGUACGAUGGACGCCGUCGCCGGGUCAGAGGCAGAGGAGGUCCUGGCCCAGAUCAAGGACGCCUGCACGGAGCACGGCGCUCGGCUCGCGUACGAGAACGCGUCGCUCGUCGUAGCCACCGAUGGCGCCGGCCCCGCCGGUGUCUGGGGCGGCCUGCUGACCGCCGACCGCACCCGGCCGUGCCACUUGACGUACCAGCGGAUGGGCGCGGAGUUCUUCUCGCCGGACCACUGGCCCCUGUUCGUGCAGUUCGCGCGAGACCUGGAGUUCCCCGAGGAGGCGCACGAGGACGAUCUGCCGGCCGACGGCGGCCAGUUGGCACCUCUCUCCGGCCGCGUGGAACAGGGCGCCGAGAAAGAGGCGCAACUAGCUUGACAAGCUUGCUGUUGCGUCGGUCUCCUUGAUGUACAUAGUCCAUUCAGUAGGGUUCAGCUGUAAAUUCCAGCUGAGAACGACGGUCCCUAUAUUAGUGGGGUCAGUAGUUGAUCGAAUUAUAUUCCGAAGUGUAUUUCAUCAUUGUGAUGAUUAUUUGUUGGCGUUGCGUCGGGAAGUAUGUACUAUGUGAUGGAAACCUCAAGAAUUAAUGUGAAAUAUUUCACCUAA